CUGGCACGUCCAGACGUCCGACGUCGACCGCCCCAGCAUACGCCAGACGACCAGCCAUUCCUUUCGUGACCCCGGCCAGUCCUUUCGUAACCCUGCAGCCGUCCAUGUCUCAGCCUCACCCACUUCGUCAACCCCGCACAUGCGGGCCAGUCCUUUCGCGUCCCCCCGCCGCCUCCUUCAACUUCGGUCUCGCCGAGCUCGUCGGUGGGUCUCCCACAUCACGGGGCCCGCACGAGUCCGCCCCAGGCUCAGCCCCAGUCCUCCCACCCCUCGCAGCCGUCGUCUCCGCCGCCCUCCCUUCCGCCCUCUCUCUCCCGCCCCCACCAACAUCCGCAGGCGCAGGUUAUCCCCCAGGGCCAUUCCCCGGGAGCACAGGGCCACUCACCGAGUCACAUGUACUUCCCCUACCCACACCCAGCGUCGGGCUUGGUCGACGGCCCAACACAGCAGCUCGCCCGGGCACCGCUCCCGCAGCUUACUACUACGCCGCAUCCAAUGCUUACGCUCUCGCCGGAUCUGAACGGCUGGGCGCGUAUCGCGCAGGCGCAGAGCUACCACCCCCACACGGCCUCGGCGGCGCAGGGCUACCGGCGCUGGACGGCAUGGCAGCGCCAACGCACAGAGCCUACGACUCGCUCGCGAUGGGCGCGAUGGAUAUGGUUGGGAUGGACGAGACGAUGGGUUCUACGAACGGGAACCAACGUCUCCCGUCGGAGGGUACGGCGACUCUCCAUUUUCAUUCCACGCUCCAGCCACAGCGUCGUUCGCCUCAGAAUAUGCACCAUCAGCACCCGCACCGUACAGCAACCCUCGCAAGAGACCUUUCUCGGGAUCCGACGACGAUGAUGCUCCACCAGGGUCACGCAGCCGCGGCGGACCAGCAGAUGCUCCACUUUACGACCACGAGUACGGGAGCGACUCUCGGCCCCAGUCUCGACGGCUCUCCGUCAUGGAACUCUGCAAUGAGCCAGAUGGCGAUGUCGGUGGAUCAGCAGCAGCUCGAUCAAUUGUACCACUAUCAGCAGCAGCAGGCCCGGGCUCAGCAGCAGCAGCAGCAGCACGCGAACGCGAACGCGGCUCGCCACCAGCCUUCUCGCGGCCCACCACCUCCGGACUCGUCACGAGCGCAUCACAACUCGCACUCGUCGACCGCGAUCUCACACCAGAGUCCGCAGCAGGGUCAGAGUACGGCGGCGGGUACGAGUACGGUACCGAGGCUUUCCGCGGAGCAGGCGCACCGAUAUUCGCUCGAGCUCCGCAGGCAGCAGGAGGAUCAGCUCCGCAAGCAGCAGGAGCGUUUGCGCUGGCAGCAAGAGGCGGCGCAGGAGCAGCGGCACCAGGAGGAGCAGGAGCGCGAGAGGGAGCGCGAGGAGUACUACGUGAGGGACCAGGUGCGGCGCCGUUCGGAGGAGGAGGCGUACCUGCAGCAGAUCGCGCAGGCAUAUGGCCACAACGCGAGUCCGCACCCGCUGGACUCGCAGGUGCACCUGGGCCAGGAUGGGCACCCGUACUACACGCAGGGCUACCAGGUAGUGGACCAGGCUCACCUGUCGCUGGCGGAUGGGGACGCGGAGGAGUAUCAGCGUCACCAGCAGAUGCUGGACGAGGCCUAUCACCUGGUGGACGGGCAGGAUCCACUGGAUCUGUCGCUGGAAGUCCACGGGGUUUCGGCGACGGGGCAGAGUCCCGAGGUGGGAAUGAUCAAGUACGAAUCCCCGCUACCGUUGGAAUGAGGGCGUAGAUGCCCUUCGAGAGGCGGGUAGCGCGAGAGGCCUGACGGUGUGCUUGCCUUGCGCCGACAAUGGCCUGUCCGUCGCUCGCUCGAGGGAGGAGGAGGAGGAGGAGGCCGUGUCUCGGCUAUUGUAAGGGCAACGGUUAAUCGUACGUCUGCAAAUCUCCCCGUUAUUUUCUCCACUUGCUGCUUUCUACUUCUUGGCUUUCCCCAGUCUACGCCGACGGACACCCCCGGGCCACGAACUGCAGGUGUUAUAUUACUGUAUACAUCCCCUCCGUGACGUUCCGCGACAGACCUCGAUAUCCUUAUCCGCCGCGUCACCUUUUUUAAUCAUCGUCUUCGGGCGCGGUUACCCCCUUCUUUCGUCGCAUCAUACAAGACUUGGACCU